AUGAAGAUUUAUACAAAGAGAGAAGAUAAAUAUGUAGUUCGUUAUGAUAGAACAACACCGCUAUGGGAUGUUAUGAAAACAUUGUGGGAGUGCAAAUAUUUCGAACCUAUUUCUUAUGGAGAACUUUUCACAUAUACUACUGACUUAUAUAAACAGAACCUUGCACCAUUUAAAGAUUUGACAUAUGCUCCAAAGUAUUGUGUACAACUGAAGAAGAAAGCAGAGUCAAAAGAAGUAAAUAAAGCUAAAUGUAAAUUCAUUCCUGAGCACGUUUUCUUUGCUGACUUUGAGUGUAGUACAGGCUUUCAUAAAGCUUUUAACAUCUGUUAUGACAGUGAAGAUGGUUCAGUGAGUGAAAGCAUUUGGGGUCAAAACUGUGCAACAGAAUUUUUGGAAAGACUUCCUGACAAGAGUUUAAUAUAUUUCCACAACCUCAGUUAUGACAUAAACUUCAUCUUAAGACACAUGACAGAAGUGAAAGGAACUCCCAUCAUUAAAGGUUCACGAACAAUGCAAAUAACUGGUUUAUAUAAAGGACGGGCAAUUAUUAUAAAAGACUCUUACAGUGUUAUAAAUAAGAAGCUUAAACUAUUUCCUGCUAUGUUUAACUUACAAACAGGACCGAAAGAAGUAUUUCCAUAUAACUACUACAGCAGUGUUUUGUUAGCAAAUGACAACAGAACUGGUGUCAUUUCUGAAGCAUGUAAGUUUAUCCAUGAUGCAGAUACAUUUAUGAAAACAUAG